AUGAGUAAACAGGCACAAAGAUGAAAUUCACCAACUUUAAUGAGCACGCGUAAGCCCCGGUCUGUCCUAUACGAUGGCAUGGUGUAGAAGUACCGGUGGAAAUCGCCCUUGGCAGGUGUCGUGGGAAUGAAGGAUCAUUAUACGCAAGAACUUCUUUUGCCAUUGGUUGGAAGGACUGAAGUGCAAAUUGAGAAGACAUGAAGCCCCGACAGAAAGAAAGAGCAACGGCCGAGCUUUGCCAUUGGAUGUCUUAACGGAUUAGAUUCUGCUGUAGGACUCUGCUCUGACGUCAUAUGGAACCAAAACUUGAGGCCCAGAGGCACACUACUGACUACCCCCUCUCUCUCUGUCUCUCACUCUCUCCCCAUCACCAUUUUCAGUUGAGAGCUAAAAGCUCUAUCUCUCUCUCUCUCUCUCUCUCUCCCUCUAGAAACAAGAAGGAUGCAGCUGCUGCAAACGCCAUCUCCACCAUAUUUGUCAUUCCAGUGCUCAAAGCUCCAUGGCUCAAGAAGAGGAUAUUGUUUGCCGGAGAAUUCCAUUCUUCCAUCAUCCUCGUCGUCGUCUCUCAGCUGUCACCAAAAUGCUGUUCAGCGGCAGGGGCCCGAGUGCUCCACCGGGGUGUCUCAUAAACCGGCCAGUUGGAGCUCAGCCGUCACCAAAGCUGCCUCUGUUGAAGCAGAUACUUCAACGGUCUCAAAAGAAACAGCCCAAAGCGAUGUACUGAAAGCUCUGUCUCAGAUCAUUGAUCCCGACUUUGGCACUGACAUUGUAUCAUGUGGCUUUGUUAAGGAUUUGGAGAUAAAUGAGAUCCAGGGAGAGGUCUCAUUUCGGUUAGAGCUCACAACUCCAGCAUGUCCGGUCAAGGACAUGUUCGAGCAAAAGGCAAAUGAAGUAGUUGCAGCCAUCCCUUGGGUGAAGAAUGUUCGAGUGACAAUGUCUGCACAACCUUCUAGACCAGUUUUUGCAGGUCAACUUCCAGCAGGACUUCAAAAGAUUUCGAGCAUCAUAGCAGUUUCGAGUUGCAAGGGAGGCGUGGGAAAAUCGACCGUGGCCGUAAAUCUUGCUUACACUUUGGCAGGAAUGGGGGCUCGAGUCGGUAUAUUUGAUGCAGAUGUGUAUGGUCCAAGCUUACCAACAAUGGUUUCCCCUGAAAAUCGACUUCUGGAAAUGAACCCAGAGAAGAGCACCAUAAUUCCAACAGAGUACCUGGGAGUGAAACUUGUGUCCUUUGGGUUCGCGGGACAAGGCCGUGCUAUAAUGCGCGGCCCAAUGGUUUCAGGGGUCAUCAACCAGCUUCUGACCACUACUGAAUGGGGAGAGCUCGAUUACCUUGUUAUUGAUAUGCCACCCGGAACGGGUGAUAUUCAGCUCACAUUAUGCCAGGUAGUUCCGCUGACUGCAGCCGUUAUUGUUACAACCCCACAGAAGCUCGCCUUUAUUGAUGUAGCCAAAGGGGUCCGGAUGUUCUCGAAACUAAAGGUUCCAUGCGUUGCAGUAGUUGAGAACAUGUGCCACUUUGAUGCUGAUGGGAAGCGAUAUUACCCAUUUGGCAGAGGAUCAGGCUCUCAGGUUGUCCAGCAGUUUGGAAUUCCUCAUCUGUUCGAUCUUCCCAUUAGACCAACUCUAUCUGCUUCUGGGGACAGUGGAAUGCCCGAAGUUGUGGCUGAUCCUGUGGGAGAAGUUGCCGGGACAUUUCAGGAGCUCGGGGUCUGUGUUGUCCAACAGUGUGCAAAGAUUCGUCAACAAGUUUCUACGGCUGUGACAUACGAUACGUCUAUCAAGGCGAUCAGAGUGAAGGUGCCUGACUCAGACGAGGAGUUCCUCCUGCAUCCUGCCACUGUGAGAAGGAAUGAUCGGUCCGCCCAAAGUGUGGAUGAGUGGACUGGGGAGCAGAAACUGCAGUACACUGAUGUUCCAGAAGACAUCGAACCCGAGGAAAUUCGGCCGAUGGGGAACUAUGCUGUCUCCAUAGUCUGGCCGGACGGAUUUAAUCAGAUUGCUCCGUACGAUCAGUUGCAAUCAAUGGAACGGCUCGUCGAUGUGCCUCAAAUAACUCCGUUUUAGUGCUGCUAUGACUUUUUUCAUAAGAAUGGAUCAACUUACACCGAGCGAAGAGUUACGAGGAAGCUAUCCAUCUCUAUGAUAUUCCCCGCCUUCAUCUCUACACCGUCCGGAAGGCUUCUCGGAGGGAGGAAACUACAAGAAAGGGGACAGAGCGAUUCGGGUGGAAGUAGAUGAUUAGUAUCUUAAAUCCUUUCAACCUUCCUUCUAUCCGUUUAUUAUUUCGGGCAUGAAUUGUAAGUUAUGCCGAAGAUAAGGGAUUCAAUUUUUCAUAAAAUGCAGUAGCCUCUUGGUCUUUGCAUUCGUUUA